AUGCAGAAAAAUAUGAAUUUAGCCCAAGAGCUUCUGUAUCAUUGCAUUGAUGGAAUUGCUGACAGCAGACACAAAUCACUAGUCCUAAAUGAUCCAUCUUCUACUGUUGAAAAUCUAGAACGUGAUGCACAUGUUAUUCUCAGCAGCAACCCUCAUGACAUUGUGACUUUAUAUAUCAAAAUGCCAAUCUUUUUUCUCAGUCUUUAUAAUGAUGUUUUAAAAAUAUUGGAGCCAACAAUACUAGAAAAGACAUUAAUUAGCAUGAAUCAGAACAUUAGUUGGAAUGAGUGGGAGAAGUUUGUAGCAUACUAUAUAACAUUUCACACCAAUUUGCUUACACGACGUAAUUACCAAACAAUAACUUUGAGGGAUUUACAUAAUAAUGCAUAUGGAACACAGAAAACUUUAGGAAUUGUUGUAAAGCUGAAGGAACUUUCUGUAAUACAAGCCCAUGGUCAAUUUCCAUGUGAAAACUUGGUGGACAAAAAUCGUAAACACAUUGAUUGGAUGAAAGGAGAUCAUUUGAUUAUAAAUGGCACAUCAGCAAAAUUUGCGGAUUCAUUUGUUGUUAGAGACAUCCUUGGCUGCAACAAAUAUCUCUUAGAAGCAUUUCAAAACAAAUUAUCAAUUAAUGCACAACAAUGUACAAUUAAAGAUUUCCAUAAGGGAAUAAACAAAAAUCUUGAGAGUCUUUAUAAUUCAGAUGGACUUUUUGCUGACUAUCAUAUUGUAACAAUUCUUUUUACUACACAACCAUUUGAUGGUGAUGUUGCAAAUCUUGAUGAAGAUUUUUUAGUUAUUUCAAAAGAAAACUUUGCAGCAUAUUUUGAUAUGAUUAAAAAUAAUAUCCCUGGUGCUGGUGACCUUACUACAACCAAUAUUGUUUCAAAGAGGCCUUAUAAGAGUGAAGAGGAUCUGUUCAACAAACAUCCAAGAAUCAAGAAUGCUAUGGAUCAAUUUCCAUCUGCAAAGAGACCUAAAUUAAACUUUUAUCCAUUUAGCCUUGAAUAA